AUGGGUCGCGGUCCUAAAAAGCACCUCAAGCGUCUUGCUGCUCCUUCGUCAUGGAUGCUCGACAAGCUGGGCGGAACCUACGCUCCCCGCCCCUCGCCCGGCCCUCACAAGCUCCGCGAGUCCCUCCCCCUCACCGUCUUCCUGCGUAACCGCAUGAAGUACGCCCUCACCGGCAAGGAGGUCACUGCUAUUGUCAAGCAGCGUCUCAUCCAGGUCGACGGCAAGGUCCGCACUGACGAGACCUUCCCCGCCGGCUUCAUGGACGUCAUCUCCAUCGAGAAGUCUGGCGAGCACUUCCGUCUCCUCUACGAUGUCAAGGGUCGUUUCACCAUCCACCGCAUCACCCCCGAGGAGGCUACCUUCAAGCUCUGCAAGGUCAAGAAGUGCCAGCUCGGUGCCAAGGGUGUCCCCUACGUCGUCACCCACGACGGCCGCACCAUCCGCUACCCCGACCCCAACAUCAAGGUCAACGACACGAUCAAGUUCGACUUCCAGCAGAACAAGAUCACCGGCCACCUCAAGUUCGAGCCCGGAAACGUCGUCAUGAUCACUGGUGGACGUAACAUGGGUCGUUCCGGUGUCAUCGUCCACAAGGAGCGUCACCUUGGUGGCUUCGACAUUGUCCACGUCCGUGACGUUCUUGACCGCACCUUCGCUACCCGCAUCGGCAACGUUUUCGUUAUUGGUGAGGGCGCCAAGGCCCAGGUCUCGCUCCCCAAGGGCAAGGGUGUCAAGCUCACCAUCACCGAGGAGCGCGACCAGAAGCGCCGCCAGAAGCAGGACGCUUAA